CUUUGGCAUUUCAAAGCCCUCAAGAUCAGAAACACAAUCUCCUAUUUUGUUCUUCGUCCACAUUACAUUACAGAGAAAAUGACCAGUCCGAAGCAGUUGGUCAAGAUUGCAAGAAAAUGGCAGAGAGUAGCUGCCUUGAGAAGGAAAAGGAUCUCAUUUCCACAAGUUGAUGGAGACGGGGAAGUGCUAGCUCAUAGAGGACAUUUCGUCGUCUAUUCCAUUGACCGAAAGCGAUUCGUGUUUCCAAUUAAGUACUUGAACAACUGCAUCAUUCGAGAGCUGCUCAAAUUAUCCGAGGAUGAGUUCGGGCUUCCUAGCAAUGGACCGAUCACUUUGCCGUGCAACGCCAUGUUCAUGGACUACAUGGUUUCAAUGAUCCAGCAGCGUGCCAAUGCGGAAAUCGAGAAGGCUCUCCUUAUGUCUAUUACAGCCAACACAUGCUCACUUUCUCACUCUCUCCAGCAGAACCACAGUGGACAACAAUUGCUAGUGUGUAGUCAUUGAAGCUCUGUAUUUAUGGUUUUCCCUUUCUUGUAUAGAGGCUUUUUGGAUGUACAUAAUUAGAGAAUUGCAUGAAAAUUGCAGUUCAUAAUUUGUAGCUCGACAGAUUCAACUGAAAACGGAUCCUUCACUCCUA